AUGGAGUUCCCCCUGGCCCAGAUAUGCCCCCAAGGGAGUCGAGAAGCCCCCGCCAUAACCUUCAGCACCUUCCAGCCCCUGAACUUGAACCGCAGGAGCUGCCAGGGCCCGGGCUUGCUUCUGGGACCACGACUCCAGGCCCCCGAGGGAGCCUGGCCCAGCCUCAGGGGCCCAGCUGUCCAGGCUGUGGCACCUCUCCAGGCCCCAGGAGCUGCCUGCAAUCCAAAGGAUGUUGGGAGGGAGGAGGUGCCAAGGGAAGAAGCUCUGAUCCUACAGGCUGAGACUCGGGCUUGGUUCCAGAAGACCCAGGCCCAUGAGCUCCUACAGCAUGGGGCGGCCCCCAUCUGGUUCCACGGUUUCAUCACCCGGAGAGAGGCCGAGAGGCUGCUGGAGACUAAGCCUCAGGGAUGCUACUUGGUGCGUUUCAGCGAGAGCGCCGUGACCUUUGUGCUGACUUACAGGAGCCGGACUUGCUGCCGCCACUUCCUGCUGGCCCAGCUGGGGGACGGGCGCCACGUGGUGCUGGGCGAGGACAGCGCCCACGCGCGGCUGCAGGACCUACUGCUGCACUACACGGCCUGCCCGCUCAGCCCGUACGGGGAGACGCUCACUGAACCCCUCGCCCGCCAGGCUCCUGAGCCCGCAGGGCUGUCCCUAAGGACUGAAGAAUCAGACUUUGGAAGCAAAAGCCAGGACUCACAGUUUCAGUAUAGCCCGAUUCUCAAAAACGAGCGAAGUACAGCCCCGACGCAGAAAGAUGGAGCUGGGGAGCCAAAGCAGCCCUCCCAGCCGCCCAGGCCCAAGCCGCCCAUCCCCGCCAAACCUCAGCUGCAGCCGGAAGUCUACACAAGCCCUGCUCCGAGACCCCGCCCAACCCUGCCCCCCAAGCCCUCCAACCCCAUCUACAACGAACCUGAUGAACCCAUCGACUUCUACGCCAUGGGCCGGGGCAGCCCUGGGGAAGCCCCCAGCAACAUUUAUGCCGAGGUGGAGGUGAGGGAGCCUGAUUUAAGGAGUCAGGACCCGCACUGCAUCCUCAGGCAUGAAGUCCUACGGAAAUGCCAGUCCAGGCCUGUCCUAGGCAGUCAGAAUCCAGGUGGCCAACAACCGCAUUCUGAGAACUCCUUGGCUGAACAAGGCCCUACUGUGCCGCACCAACCCCUACCCCGCUGGGGGCACACUCUCCCCCACAACCUUUCUAGACAAGUGCUUCAGGACAGAGGACAGGCGUGGCUCCCCCUGGGGCCUCCUCAGUAG